AUUCCUGCUGAUAAACAUUAAUUAUGUCUCACUUGUCUCCAUCUGCUCUUCCAAUUGCACCGAAAAAGGUUUCAAAAAUCUCCAACCCAGUUAAUCUCAUUCAAGCUCCUAAUGAUCAGACAAAAGGCAUUACUUCCAGUAGUGCUGUUCUAUCGAUCCCAUUCAAGCAGUUCCUCACGGAUCCUAAUGAACUCACAGCUAGUUUCAAUGAUAAUAUAUAUAGUAAGCAAUAUGCGCAGAAACUGAAAGCAUUUAAGCAUAUACUCAGCAAAGUGGGAGAGGAUCCUGUUGAAGGAUUGGCCAUGGUUGAUGCUGUUCAACGUUCAGGCAUUGACUAUCAUUUCCGAGACGAGAUUCAGCAAAUUCUCCAAAGGCAGUUCAUGAUAUUUAGUUCUUAUGAUGACCACAAUCAAGAUGAUCUUUGUGAAGUUGCCCUUCGUUUUCGACUCUUGAGACAACAUGGUUACUAUGUACCUGCAGACAUCUUUAACAACUUCAAAAACAAGGAAGGGAAGCUUAAUCAGAAAGUACGCGGGGAUGUUAAUGGAUUGAUGGGUUUAUAUGAAGCUUCACAUCUAAGUAUACAUGGAGAAGAAGUGCUUGAUGAAGCUGGUGAUUAUUGUGCCAAGCUCCUAACUGAACAGGUGAAAAAUCUUGACCAUUUUCAAGCUGAGAUUGUUGAGAACACGUUGGCGCAUCCCUUUCACAGAAGCCCGGCAAGGUUGAUGGCCAAUAACUUAUUUCUUACUGAGUUCCCAAGCGAAAAUAAAUGGAUACAUGCUUUUGAAGAUCUUGCCAAAAUAGAUUUUAAUUUGGUGCAAUCCUUGCACCAAACGGAAGUGGCACAAAUAUCAAAAUGGUGGAAAGACCUGGGUUUGUCUAAGAAGUUGGAGUUCGUCAGAGAUCAACCUCUUAAAUGGUACAUUUGGUCUAUGUCCAGUCUCACGGAUGCAAACUUGUCUUGGCAAAGGGUUGAGCUCACAAAAGCCAUAUCCUUCGUCUACAUUAUUGAUGACAUUUUUGAUGUUCACGGAACUCUCGAUGAACUCAGUCUCUUUACAGAAAUAAUUAAUAGAUGGGAUGUUGCUGCUGUAGAUCAAUUACCUGAGUACAUGAGGACAUGUUUUAAAGCUCUUGAUAAUGUCACAAAUGAAAUCAGUCGUAAGAUAUUCGAAGCUCAUGGCUAUAAUCCUGUGAAUUCCCUACAAAAAGCGUGGGGAAGCUUGUGCAAUGCAUUUCUAGUCGAAGCAAAAUGGUUUUCUUCUCGAGACUUGCCCACGGCCGAAGAGUACUUGAAAAACGGGAUUAUUACUUCAGGUGUAAACGUGGGGCUAGUGCAUAUUUUCUUUCUGUUGGGUGAGAAUUUAACAACAGAGACUUUGGAUCUUAUUGACAAAAACCCAGUCAUAAUCUCAUCUACCGCAACAAUUCUUCGGCUUUGGGAUGACUUGGGAAGUGCAAAGGAUGAGAAUCAGGAUGGGAGAGAUGGGUCGUACUUAUAUUACUAUAUGAAGGAACACCCAGACUGUGAUGCAGAAGCUACUGAAAAACAUGUUAUUAGUAAGAUUUCAUAUGCAUGGAAGAUCCUGAACAAGGAGUGCCUCUCUCCCAACCCAUUUAAAUCAUCUGGAAUCACAAAGGCUUCUCUUAAUCUUGCAAGAAUGGUUCCUUUGAUGUACAGUUACGAUAACAACCAACGGCUACCAGGUCUCGAGGAAUAUGUUAAGUCCCUUCUCUUUGAAACUGUACCUAUCAAAGGAAUUUACAAUUAAUGUAUGCAUCUGUGUCUGUUAGUCAAAAUAUUUUAUGCUUUUAUUUUGAGAGAAAAAAAUACUACUGUAUAUAUUUUUAGUUUAAUAAAAAUUAAUGUAUGUUGUGCACCUCGGUCUGGCUAAGAAGUUGAAGUUUGUAAGAAACCAACCGCUUAAAUGGUAUAUUUAGUUCAUGGCCUGCCUCAUAGAUGCAAGCAUGUCAUGACAAAGAAUUGAGCUUA